AUGAUAAAUCCACAGAAUAAUCUCCUGUCGCAAUUAACUGGUAGUCAUGGAUUUGCAUGGGGUACAUUACAACUGGAUUGGCAUUUUAUACAAUCAACUUUAGGCUCGCCCAUUGUCUCACCUCAAUGGGCUCAGUAUAAUAUUUUAACGGGUUACAUUCUCCUUCUUGGGAUAAUAAUGCCAGUUAUGUAUUAUAAAAAUCUAUGGAAUUUCAAAUCAUUUCCGAUUAAUGAUAGUAACUUUUUAGCUGAUAAUGGAACAUAUUACAACUGGGACAAUCCGCCAAUUCGCUUUACUGUUACAUAUAUUGUUAGUUACAUGUUUUAUUUCGCAUCGUUGAUUGCUUUAAUUGUGCACACAAUUUUUUAUCAUGGUAUUGAUAUAUUUAAACAAGCUAAAACGUCGUUACAAAAUCGUCAAAACGAUAUUCAUUGUACUCUCAUGUCAAAGUAUCCGGAAGCCUCAGGAUGGAUCUAUGGGGUAUUGUUUCUGUGUGCGUUUGUUUGUGCUUGUUUUGUCUGCAAUUUCGGUAAAUUAAUGCCAUGGUAUCUGUUAUUCUUGGCGAUACCACUAGCAUUUGUUUGUUUACUACCAACGGGUAUUGUUUGGGCACAAACAAACAUUACAAUUUAUGUUAGUUACGUAUGUAUGGUAAUUGGUGGUCUUCUGUUACAAAAUAACGGAACAGGUAAUAAGACAUUUGUGACUUAUGCGUUCGGAACACAAUUUCAAGCAAUUUCCCUUUUGAGAAGCUUAAAAUUCGGUCAUUUCAUGAAAAUAUCACCGCGAGCAUUGUUUACGACACAAUUGAUAAUUACGUUGUUAUCGUCUGUAGUUAGAUAUGGAGUCGCGUAUCAUAUGUUAUCAACUGUUGAAGGUAUAUGCGAUACCGCAGCAAAUUGGCAAUGUAGUCAGAAAGAUAUAUAUCCAUAUCGUUUUGCACUAAUAGGUUAG